AUGGAAGAGAAGCCAAAGAGACGGUUUGUCGGCAGGAAAACCGUGCGAGGCGCCGACGGGUCGGUGGUGCCGGUGGUCAAGAGACACGUUGGCCGGGCGGUGAACCAGAUUCCUCAGGAUAUCUUGGACGAUAAGGAGCUUGCGGAGGCGAUCAAGCUUCUCCCAUCGAACUACAACUUUGAAAUCCACAAAUGUGUGUGGAACAUCAGGAAACAGCUGGCGAAGAGGGUUGCUUUGCAGAUGCCAGAGGGGCUUUUGAUAUAUUCGCUUGUGAUUUCGGAUAUCUUGGAGCAGUUCUGUGAUGUGGAGACUGUGGUGAUGGGAGAUGUUUCUUAUGGAGCAUGCUGUAUUGAUGACUAUACGGCCAGGGCGCUAGACUGUGAUUUCAUUAUUCAUUACGCCCACUCGUGUCUUGUGCCGAUCGACGUUACAGCCAUCAAGGUGCUCUACGUGUUUGUCACGAUCAACAUCGAAGAACAGCAUCUCAUCAAUACCAUCCAGAAAAACUUUGCCAGCGGGAGCCGCAUUGCCUGUUUUGGCACGAUCCAGUUCAAUCCAACCAUUCACAGCAUCCGGGCGAAGCUCGAGGCCGCCGCUCAACCUAUUUAUAUCAUCCCACCGCAAACCAUGCCACUUUCCAAAGGAGAGGUCCUCGGGUGUACGUCUGCCAAGCUUGACCACGAGCACAUUGACGCCAUGGUUUACAUUGGAGACGGCCGCUUCCACUUGGAAAGUGCCAUGAUUCACAACCCAGACAUUGUUGCUUUCAGAUAUGAUCCAUACCUGAGAAAGUUCACGCGAGAGAAGUACGAUCAAGAGCAAAUGGUGCAAGUACGACAAGACGCCAUAGCGCAUGCCAGGGGAAGUCGAAAGAUUGGACUUAUUUUGGGUGCUUUAGGACGUCAAGGUAAUCCCCAGACUUUAGAUCGGUUGGAGAAAGGCCUUGCGAAAAUAGGCGUGGAAACGGUGAAGAUCAUUCUCAGUGAAAUCUUCCCGGCGAAAUUAGCCAUGUUUGAUGACAUUGACGCUUUUGUGCAAGUGGCGUGUCCCAGACUCUCGAUAGACUGGGGUUACGCUUUCGAGAAACCUUUACUUACGCCAUACGAGGCUAUGGUUAUGAUUGGCGCCGACAGCUGGCAGGACGGUUACUAUCCCAUGGACUAUUACCGUAAAGACGGAUACGGCCGUGGUUCAGUGCCAUUGAGAGACACUUGA